GUGCGCCAUUUAAUUGAUAUAAUUUUUGAGUGUAUAUACUCCACUUUAGUUUUUUCAUAUUACUAUUACUUAAAACAAUUUAUAUCAUCUAAUCUAUUUAAAAAUAAAUUAAAAUCUAUAACAACUACUAAUAAUAAUCAUCGUUAUUCAACAAAAGUUGAAUAUUUAGAUAUUAUUCCUAAUAAUACAUGUAAAGAUUUAAUUAUUUGAAAUUCAGAAUAUAAUAUAUCUACUUAUACUACUAAAUUUAUUUCUAAAAAUGAAAAAGAUAUUAUCGCUUUAACUCAUUUUAACAAAUCUGUAUUAAUUGGUUCAUUAUUAUCUGAUUCUUAUAUAGAAAAAAAUGGUAAUUGAAAUCCUAGAAUUAGAUUUGAGCAUUCUGUACAUGCAUUUAGUUAUGUUAUUUAUUUAUAUAAUCAAUUACAAAUUUUGAGAAGUAUUACUCCUUUAUUAUUAAUUAAAAGAAAAUUAAGAAAUAAAGUUUUCUAUAGUUUAUCUUUUAAAACUAGACAACUGUUAUGUUUAAAUGAAUUAUAUUAUUUAUUUUAUAAAAAAGAUAUAAAUAAUAAAAAAGUUAAAAGAAUAAGUCCUGAAUUAUAUCAUUAUUUUAAUGAUAUAGUUUUAGCUCAUUGAAUUAUUGGAGAUGGAAGUAAAACAAAAGGAGGUAUAAUAUUAUGUACUGAUUCAUAUUCUUUUGAAGAUAUAUCUAUUCUUAUUAAUAUUCUAAUAUUAAAAUAUGAUAUUCAUCCUAUAAUUAAAUAUCAUGCAAGUUAUAAAAUAUCAGAUGUUAAUAAAAAAAAUAAAAGUAUGAAACCUCGUAUAUGUAUAAAUACAUAUGAUUCUAGAAAAAUAUCACAAAUAGUACUUCCAUAUACUGUAGAUUAUUAUAAAUAUAAAUUAUUUAUCUAA